AUGUCAUAUCCGCAUUUAGUAACCUCAGAGUCUACUUCCAACGACCAUAACGAGGAUGAUCUGGAAUCAAUUAAAUCAUAUAUCCCGGAAAUUAACGAGACAGAUAAUCAAAAUGAUGGAAUUGUAAAUACUCUGUCGCAGACGAUUUCGAAUUUAUCGAAAAAAUCAAUUUCAUUGGGUGUCAAUGAAAGAGAAGAAAUUCUAUCAAUUGUAAAUUCACAUAGAGAAGGUGUCCAGCGUGUCCUGUCAGACUACGAAAGUUUAACCCACGGUAUUGGUCCUGUAGAGGAAAUGAUCGAUAAAGAGGCGCCACAUAAAAUUAUACCAUCAACCACAAAUUUUUACCAUGAGGAAGAUAAAUGGCAGUAUCCAAUCGAUUCAGAGACUGGGUUCCGUAUUGUCGAGUUUGUGGAUGACGAUAGAGAUGAUCCCAGGACUUGGGAUGCAAGAAUAAAAUGGAAUAUCACUGUCCUAUUAGGUAUAAUCUGUUUCGUCGUCGCAAUGAUGUCGGCUGUUGUCACAGGUGAUAUCAAUGCCCCAGCAGCUCAUUUCGGCGUCUCUGAAGAGGUCAUAAUUUUGACUGUCUCUCUAAUGGUUUGGGGUUUCGGUCUAGGUCCGUUAGUUUUCGCUCCUCUAUCCGAGGAAUUAGGUAGAAACUGGAUUUACUGCACAACUUUAUUUGUCGCUGUCAUAUUUAUCAUUCCUUGUGCCGUGGCUCAGAACAUUGGAACUUUGCUUGCAUUCAGGUUCCUAGAUGGUCUAGCUUUUUCUGCACCAAUGUGCAUCAUCGGUGGUUCCUUGAGUGAUAUCUGGAGAACGGAAGAACGUGGUAUCGCUAUGUCUAUUUUCUCUGCUGCCCCAUUUUUAGGUCCUGUCAUGGGUCCAAUCGUUGGCUCUCUAUUAACAGUGUACUGUGGUUGGAGAUGGGUUUACAUCUUCAUGAUCAUCUUAAGUGGGUGCUUAUACGCAGUUUUAUUCGUCUUUUUACCUGAAACCCAUCAUCAAACUAUACUGAAAAGAAGAGCUAAAAAAUUAAGAAAACUAACUGGCGACCAAUCGUACAGAGCAGUCUCUGAAAUUAAAGUUAGAACAUUAAAAGAAAUUGCAAAUGACAGUUUAUUAAGACCUUUAAUUUUAUUGAGUGAAUUGAUUGUAUUUUUAGUCACUAUGUAUAUGGCAAUUCUUUACGGUUUGUUAUACAUGUUCUUCUUUGCCUAUCCUGUUGUCUAUUCCGAAGGUAAAGGUUGGAGUGAUAUCAAGACAAGCAUCAUGUUUAUCCCAAUUGGUGUAGGUGUUUUAAUUGGAACUGCAGUUUCUCCUCUAUUUAACAUGGAUUACAACAGGAGAGCUCAACGUUUUAUCGAUAAAGGUGAAAUUCCACCUGCCGAGCUUAGACUAAUCCCAAUGAUGUAUGGUUGUGCUUUUGUUCCAAUUGGCUUAUUUUGUUAUGCUUGGACUUCUUUCCCACAUGUUUCUUGGGCUGGUCCAUGUUUCUCAGGUUUUGCAUGUGGUUUAGGUUUUGUUUUACUAUAUAAUCCAGCCAAUAACUACAUUGUCGACUCGUAUCAACAUUAUGCUGCAUCAGGUCUAGCUGCUAAGACAUUUGUUAGAUCGAUGUGGGGUGGUUCGGUUCCAUUAUUCACAAUUCAAAUGUAUCACAGAUUAGGUUACGAAUGGGCUUCAACAUUAAUGGCCUUUAUCGGUCUAGCAUGCUGUGCAAUCCCAUUCCUAUUCUACAGAUAUGGUGCUACCAUUAGGAAAAGAUCAAAGUAUGCAUAUUCUCCAUCUGUUGAUGUCGUUAAAGUAACUGCUGAAGAUGUCGAAAAUAACUCAAAUAAAGAAACCACAAACAAUACAGAGUCUAGUUCUGAUUCAUAUUAA